UGCCCGUGCCCUCGUCCAAGCCCCUCCCCAGUCGCAACGCCGCAGCGACGCCGUCCCUGUCCUCCUCGCUCAGCUGCCGCCUCUGGACGAGUGGCAGCUUCAAGGGCGGCCAAUCCCCGAUGUUUUCCGCCGUCGCUGGAGGGAGGCGGAAAGGCGUCGCCUUUGAGGCGGCGGAGCCGUCUUCCCCCAAGGUCACCUGCAUCGCCCAGGUGCUGGUCAAGGGCAAGAAAAAGGCCAAGGCCACGGCGUGGGGGAGCCGGAGGGUGGGGAGCUUUCGGAGGAAGGAGAACGUCGGCGGGGCGCGAGAGUGCUUCCGGAUCAAAUAUCAGAGGUGGGUGCAUCAGCUCUCGGUGAACAUCUGCCAGGUGCUGAGGGCAUUCGGGUACGAGUUCAAUUGCUUCUCCCCUUGUGGCCCAAGGUCCCUCUGUUCCUAUUCUUCGUCGAGAUCACGCGAACAAGGACAAGAAGCGGUCGAGUUCCUGCGGUGCAAUGUUCACGAGGUACUUGAUGGAGGUUCCAGGCAGCAAAGCCGGAAACAGACGAGAGGUCAUGGGCGUGGUAUUCCAAGGUAAA